AUUGUUCUUGUCCUAUUUGAACUUUAACGUUGGUUUCUCUGGAUGCUGCCAAGGUCGUUGGGGAUCGUAAGGAGUAAAUGUUGUUUUCAACAUUCAUUAUGCCCGUUGGAGUACUGCGUGCAGGUAUGUCCCCUAUGUUGAUUCGCCGCAGGAUGACAGUUGAAAGUGUUUUCAGUACUGGUAUUAACUAACUGGCAUCUAGUUAGUAUGUGGGACGAAAAACUGUCGGUAAUGAUGGAGAAAAUCGUUUAAAUAAAAAGGAUUUUGCUAACACCUAUGUAUAGCUGGGUGUAGGUUCACUACAGUAAAAUAUAUUUUGUUUCACAGUGAUAAAUCAGCACUCUUGUAGUUAUUAGUUUACUGUGUUUCAAUGUACGCUCAAAUGUAUCUGUUUCAUUUGCAACACAUUGUAACCUACGUUAUGGAGACGAAAUUACCACCGGGUGCUUGUAGGCAGUGGGUACAGGGCUACAGCUCUACGGUGCGAUGUCUCGUGGUCCGCAACAAUGCGCAGACGGGCAGCACGAAACCUGCGUUAAGGAAGCCCGCGUUGACCGUACAGGCUGUACGCUGUUUGAUAGAAAUCUGCACUGCAUGUGACUAGUUGAUUAAUGUCCUCGGAUACUGAGUAUACUACAUUUUGGAAACUUAUAAUUUGCGACGAUUUUCAAUUUUGAUGCAGGUUGAUUGUACUCCAACUCAGUUAGACAGCUGUUGAACGUCAUUUCGGGAAUCAUCAUUAGUCGCUUUCCGUACAGACUCUAUUGGGCCAGAGAAACCGAUAAUCGAAUCUAAACGAAGUUUCGUCGCACUGUGCUGGGUGAAAAUCGAUUAUCCAGUUUGUCUCAUCCUGAUCGGAUGCCCAGCUUGCUAAUUUUUUCUCUACAAUAUGGGUGCUUACAAGGUGACCCGAUAUUUAAAUAGCGUAAACUGCUUAGUCAUAUUGGCCUUGAUUUAUCACGACUGUUCCAUCAAGCUCAGAAACUAAAUCGCGGGAACAACCGUUGAAAUGGCAUAACUCACGAUGUGAUCUUGCGGGCCGAUGGUCAUUUGUCUCUUGAGCGUACCACUCUAGGACGUGGUACUAACAUCAACGGGGAAGUAGUUUGAACAUAUGUACUUCGCCCCUGGGUUGUGCCUUUAACAUUUCUCCUUGGUUUCCUAACUUCUAGUUCCUUGACUUCACACCUAUUAAUGUUAAUAAUACUUCAGUAUAUAUUGCUGUGAUUUAUCACGGUCUAGGUAUUUUGCGUGACUUAUUGCCCUUUAUUUACUUAUUAUUCACGUGGCCAGUACAUGGGAGACUGCUAGUGUAUGUCAAUUGAACAUGAAUUCAUUGCACGGAUUUAGAAUUAAAAAUUUGGCCUAUCAUGGCUCUAAAUAGAGUCUAUGAACGGUAUCUUGAUUUUAAGAAGCACACAAGAACUAGCAUCCCCGGGUGUUUCCCAAUGACCAAAUUCCAUUUGAAGUUGGGCUUGUUCGCACCAGCCGAUUAGCUCAGCUUCGGUUCCAUAUAGGCAUCUGUAAUAACGUCAGGCAGCUCGCCCUCUGGUGUUACCCAGACGCAACUACGGUUUAUCUCUGCUUAUUUCUGGGUGGCUGUGAUGAACGUAGCCAAGUAGCUGCGAGUUGAAGGUCAUAAUGGUGGCUAGGCUACCUAAAAUUGUCAAAACAUUCCGCAGCAUUACACUUAAAAAACUUACAGUAAAUCGUUUUUGUACAACUUUGACUACGUAAAGGAUAUAAAUGUUUAGUGUAUUCCGAAAAUGUGGGAUCCGACUGUUGCCAGUUAUGCCGCUUUGGACGUACUUUUUCGUGAUUUCGCUAAAUCCACCUACACUAUAAGCCAUUUGCCGCCCAGCCCAACAUGUGUGUUAUUUUGAAAUAUCUAGCAACCCUUUCAGUAAGUGGCAACAUUCCCGUUUGGGAAAAAAAUGACAGUUACGUGUGUGGUGCAAGCUCUCUUUGCGACAAAUUGGCUUUAACAUCACCUCGUACCCUCACAGGAAAGGUGCGUGCUGGCUAUUUAUCGCGCCUUGUUAUCGAACGCCAGAGCUUACUUCUAAAAGCCGUGUUUGCAGCAUUCACUUUUUGUGUUUAAUCGUAGUCCUCUCUCGGUCAGACAGGCUCUCACACGUCUGGAAAUGCACCAGCCGGCCCUUUUGACCUUCUGGCUCUCACCAGUGUUGCGUACUCCUCGAACCCCUGCAGUUCCUACCCCAUAACUUCCGGCUGCCAGCAGGUUGUCCCACUAAGCUACUGGGGACGGCGGCAGACUUGCGUGACUGAUAGCUGACUACGAUACAACACGGCCCGUUCUCUACUAGCAUGCCAGUUACGAACAGUGAAGAGGAGAGUGGUUGGUCCCAGAGCUACGGCUUUCUGUACAACGACUGUGUACGACAUAGCACUUUAACUCUGUACAGACAAAUCUUUGAUUACUUAACAGUAGUUGGGAUUCAGUAAAAGUUUGGUGUAGUUCCUCUCAUUCCUCUCUCAGUCAGGUGGGUUCCCACACGUAACCGACACGUUAGUGGAGGAUAAGCCGCGCUUUAUCAUAGUCAACUAUCAGUUACGCAAGACUGCCGCUGGUACUAAUGGCUUAGUAGCACAAGCUGCUGGCAUCCGGAAUAUAUGGGGUAAGGACACGGAAGGGGUCCGAGGGGCGCGAACCACUGACGAGAGUCAGAAGGUCAAAGCGGCAGGCUGGUGCUUUUCCGGACGUGUGGUGGCCCGUCUUACAGAGAGAAGACUACGAUCAACUACAUCUAAGUUUUACUCAUUGUCCCACUACUACGGCGCAUUCACUGUUAAACAACUUGUGAGCUGGCCAGAUGGUCUUCAUAUCAAGAGCGGAUUUACACCCCCCUAACUAGUUCACCCUUCCAAAAAAUUUUGUUUUCUUACAAGGCAUAAUUCUAUCCUUCGCUUAAACGAAAUUACCCCUUCCUCUCCUUGAUAAUCCGUAACGUCACCGGCACAGCUGGGGCUGAUAACUCUGUGUACCUAGGUAUCUAUUGUUGACGGUGGUUUACACUGGGUUGGGAAAAAGUGACGGUAGUCUGCAAGCCCACUGCUGUGGUUGCAGUUACUGAAACCAGACUAUCACAGUAAGCUACUUAGUAAGUAGACUCUUUGAGCUUCUAGUAAACAUGAACCGUACCUGAUUCCGGUAUUUUGAGGCACUGGAUUUUAUUCUUAUUUAUAUCUGCCGAUCGUCCUCUUGUUUAACUUAUUGCUGUCCUAGUGAGUCAAGCUGCAUACUGCUGUCUGCUUUUGUUUGGAUGUACUCCAUGUUUUGUAGCUUUUGACAAUACACGUUGGGUCCAGAUGAUCUACUUGUUCCCCCUACUUCCGUAAUCCACACGCUUCAUAUGUUUCACCUCUUGUGAUUCGCAACUUUGUAGAACCCAAAAAUUGGUGAACCCAACUGCAAACACAGUACCGCCAUCACAGUCAUCAUUUUCGGUGAAGUCGUUCCUUUCCACCUCCGAAAUGUCUUUUGCAACUAUUAUUUUGUGAGAUUUUAUAAAUCACUUGGAAACUAAUAUUUUUAGCUCAUCUAUUAACGCUGCAUCCCUGUAUCUCCCCCUAUCCGAUUUGAUGGCCAUCAUUUUUGGUUUGUCUUGUUGAUGCAUGACGUUUUGCGCCAUAAUAUUCUUUUAGACCU